AUGAUACCAACUGUAAAGGAACGUCAAGCUGGAGCUUAUGAUUUCAGAAAAUAUUAUGAAAAUCUGUGUGCGCUGCGAAAUUGCUCCCCGCUCUCUGUAAUCACAAGCCAUGUUGAUAAUGGAGUUCUUGACAUAAGUGCAGAUAGAAUAAAGACUCAAGAGUGGGAUCCAGUUUUUGAUGCUAUUAAAAUCAACAAAAGCCUGCAUUUCAUUGCAAUCAGAAGUUUCUAUCAGUAUAAUAGCGUUUCAGACAGUGCAACUUCAACCAAUCGACGACGUCCACCAAUUUUACUAUCCAGUUCAAAACUUUUAUUAAAUUUAUGCAAAGCAUUACGUCACUGUGCAUGUGUUACAGAAAAAUUAACAUUUUUAGAAUUGCAGAAUCUUCCAAUCAGUAAAACAGGUUUAUUACAAAUUUGUGAAGGUAUCAGAAAAAAUCGUACAUUGAAACAUUUGUCAUUUGAAGGUUCUUCCAUAAAUGAUGAUGGUCUUGAAGAAAUUUGCCGAGUUUUACGUCAUGUCCCAAAUAUUUCAACUCUCAAUUUAACAUCAUGUAAUUUGUCAAAGGAUGGAAUCUCUGCAUUGACUGUACUUAUCAAUGUAAGUAAAUAA